AUGCACAUCAUUCCCACCGAGUCUGGGAAAACCUCUCCACUUAGGGACGACACGAUGAUUCCCUCCACGAUAAGGCUUGGAAGCAAUCCAGUCUUGAUCCCCGUGCCCCUCAAGAGCUAUGAGAAUGCCGAAGCAUUGUCUCAUAGCUUCGAAAAAUCGUUGGAAUUUCCCGAAAAAGAGGGAUCACUAGCCGAGCUAGUCUUGAAAUUCAUUACCUUUGUGUGGCGUCAGAAAGCAACAACCUUGGCUUCUUCAUAUCCGAGAAACGGUCCACUUCUCGAACAUCUAUGCCAUUUUUAUGAGCAAUCGGUCUUGGGGGAGAAUGACAUUCACACUCAUAGUGGAAAAAUUGCCGAAAAUCCCAAACUCGUGCUUGAAUUGCUUCGCCUACACUACGCAACCUACUUGAAUCCCCAAAUACCUCUUCAAUUGAAAAUGUCUUCACUUUUCCGCGACGCAGGUACCGGCAAUGCGCAUGUAUAUGCCAUUUUUGGUGGACAAGGCAACACUCGAGAGUACUGGCAAGAGAUACAACAGCUUUAUCAUGCAUAUGAACCACUUUUAAAGCCCCUUGUCGCUGCCCUCGACAGUCAUUUAUCUGCUCUCGCCCGUCACCCGGCCGCUAGCAAGCAGUUCUUCCAGGGCCUCAGUGUUCUUGAUUGGCUGGAAAACACCAAAAAUGUACCAUCUUCAGAAUAUCUUUUACGCGCUCCCGUUAGCCUACCUCUUAUCGGGCUACUUCAAUUUAUGAGUUUCCACGCACUGCUGGCGUCACUUGGGGUCUCGCCACAAGAAAUUCCUUUAUUAUUCAGGCAGAUACAUGGGCACUCACAGGGUAUAGUUGUCGCCGCCGCCGCAUCCUCGGCCGCAUCAUGGGAGGACUGGCACCAAGCUUCUAUUCACGCCAUUACAAUUCUUUUUUGGAUCGGAGUUCGAAGUCAGCAAGCCUUUUCCGAUGCACCACCAUCCCCAAAUCAGCUUUCAGAGAUUGCAGAGCGUGGACAAGGAGAACCAUCUCCAAUGUUAUCGGUGUCAAAUACACACCGACAUAUCCUUGAAGAGCAGAUCGGUCGUCUGAAUGAUGCAUUGCCUGUCAACCAACACAUUGCUGUCUCUCUUGUCAACAGCAACACAAACUUCGUGGUUAGUGGGCCACGUCGAGCACUGAUAGCAUUGAGCGAUAUUAUUCAAAGGGACCGUCCGAAAGAUAGUCAAUAUCGAAUACCCUUUUCGAGGAGGAGAGUGGUCCCUUCACUCACAUUCCUUCCUGUUAGCCUACCUUUCCACUCCGCCAUCCUCUCAUCAGCGGUCGAUACAGUGUUGGAGGACUUGAAGGAUUUGCGAAUACUUCGGAGUCAGCUACGUAUUCCUGUCAAUCAAUCCUGCAGUGGCUCACCCUGGAAAGAUGGCUCUGACACGAACAUUGUCCCCGACCUUGUGCGAUUUGUCACUACUCUUCCGGUAAACUGGAAGGAUCAAUCCCUCGAUGGUGCUACCCAUAUGGUUGACUUGGGGCCCGGAUUGGGGGGUGGUAUUGGGGCUCUAGCACAGCGCAGCUUACAAGGAACGGGUACACGAACAAUCUCAGCCAAUGUCCUCACCAACAAACAAUCCAGCUCGCUCGGAUCUAGGUUGGAGCUUUUUGACUGCCAAAAUGUAGUCAGAGGAAUGAAAUGGAGCUCCUUGUUUGGGCCGGAGGUAAUAAAAACGGCUGCCGGUAUGCAUAUAGCAACUCGAUUCAGUCGGCUCCUGGGCCUGCCACCUUUCAUGAUUGCUGGGAUGACUCCUACUACCGCGCACAUCCCGCUGGUGACGAAGGCUAUGCAAGCGGGAUAUCACAUUGAGCUUGCUGGUGGCGCAUUUCAUUCGCCUGCUCGCCUCACGGAAGCGCUCGAGAAAUUGCGUCCGCAAAUGCCCAAAGGUCGCGCCGUCGCCUUGAACAUAAUUUACAUCAACCCAAGAGCCAUUGCAUGGCAAAUUCCACUCAUUGGGAAGUUGAUCGCUGAGGGGUAUCCCAUUGACAGUAUCACUGUUGGUGGUGGUGUUCCUUCCCUAGAUGUGGCAACGCAGUACAUUACGACGCUGGGUCUUCGAUACAUAUCAUUCAAACCGGGCUCCGCCUCUGCGAUACAUAGUGUGCUACAAAUUGCACGCGCAAACCCUUCAUUUCCUGUUGUUCUUCAAUGGACGGGUGGACGCGGCGGCGGUCAUCAUUCAUUUGAGGACUUUCAUCAACCCAUCCUUGAUACCUACGACGAGAUCCGACAUUGCAGCAACGUUAUCCUAGUUGCGGGAAGUGGAUUUGGAUGUGUCGACGACGUUCAACCAUACCUGACAGGAGCUUGGUCACAAAGCAAAGGCAAAGCAGCUGCCAUGCCGUUUGACGGAAUUCUCUUCGGAAGUCGAGUAAUGACAUGCUUGGAAGCUAAUACGGCCACCGGAUCCAAGAGUUGCAUUGCCAAUGCCGAAGGCUUACAAGACAAUCAAUGGGAAGGUACACUAAAAGGCUCGUGUGGCGGAAUUAUAUCUAUCAAGUCGGAAAUGGGAGAAGCGAUGCAUGUCGUCGCGACAAGGGCUGCAAUAUUUUGGGCUGAAAUGGACUCGACUAUUUUCAGCUUGAGCAAGGAUAAACAACUUCCGGUCAUACAGGCUCGCAAAUGGGAAAUAAUUAAGAGACUCAACAGAGACUUCCAAAAGGUUUGGUUUGGUCAUGAUGCGAAAGCGAACAGCGCAUCUGAUCUCAUCUACAUGACCUAUGCUGAGGUCUUGCAACGCUUGGCAUCACUCAUGUUCCUCCCGGCACCUCAAAGGUGGAUCGAUGAAAGCUACCACAUCAUCUUUUUAGACUUCUUUUUGCGUACGCAAGAGCGGCAUGCGUCUUCGGUAAUUCCAGCACCUGAUAUAUCGGAUCUUACGCGCUCAGAUCCCGUGAAGACUAUCCAAGACCUCUGCAAUACCCAUCCUGCGAUUCACGACAGCCUUUUGAGUACCGAAGAUAUUCACUACUUUCUUCAAAUUUGCCGAAGACCAAAUCAGAAGCCCGUGCCCUUUGUGCCUGUACUGGAUAUGAAUUUCGAGAAUUGGUUCAAGAAAGACUCACUUUGGCAGUCAGAAGAUCUAGCUGCAGUUCAAGACCAAGAUGCGCAACGCACCUUGAUUUUGCAAGGUCCAGCCACAGUCCGCUCGAUCAGCAAGAUCAACGAGCCUGUCAAAGAUGUGAUGGAUGCCAUAAAUGAUGGAAGCCUGUCACUUCUACUUGGUAAUGGCAACUGUGGAGAACAAAAGCAACUGAGAUAUGAGGAGUUCCUUAAGCCAUUUCAUGUCACACCAAGUGCGGAAAAAUGCCAGCCAGGGCUACGAUCCACGGAUCCCUCGUGGAAAACAGCAUUUCUAACCCACGCCGUGUUUUUCCAAGAUCAGAGAGAAAAUGCCAUUGCCUUUGGUCAGUACAAGGAGAAUGGCGAAUUCCGCGAACAUGUCACUAUCGAGCGUCAUGGAGAAAGAAUCGUGAUGCAUCUUUGGACGGAUGUCAGUACGAAUGAUCGGCCAGUUCCACUGUCUCUGGUUUAUGAAUACCACCCCGAGGCAUCAUACUGUCCCAUUUGGGAAGCAACUGACGAUCGUACUGAACGUAUCUAUACGUUUUACGAAAACAUUUGGCUUGGAGAGAGUUUGAACGGCCCACACACCCCCGUGGACUUCAUGCGACCGCACGAAAAGUCGGUCGUUGUGGAAGAAUCUGCUGUACAGGCGUUCAUUGCAGCAACAGAAUAUAUGGGUCCAUGCGAUGUCCCGCUAGACUUUGGCAUCGUCCUCGCUUGGGGUGCGAUAUCCCGUGCUCUCCUUCAGCGACCUGUGCAAGGCGACUUGCUCACCCUGGUUCAUCUUUCGAACAAGCUCGAAGUUCAGACGUCGGAGCUUCCAUUCGUUAUUGGUGACUGUAUAAAAGCGUCAGCUCAUAUUCAAAAGAUUAGUCUUGAAAGUUCUGGCAAGCUGAUAGAGAUUUCCUGCGAUUUGAAGCGUGAUGAAACGCUCCUCGUUACCAUUACUUCCCAGUUUCUGAUACGGGGCUCAUGCAACAACAGCGAUGAUCGCUAUGUCUUCUCCAAGUCCAAGCACGAAGCAACCCUAGUGGCUUUCUCCUCAUCGGCAGAGCAGUCUGUUUUGAUUUCGAAGCCCUGGAUUCGCUGGGAUUAUCCGAUAAGUCCCUCGCUCAACAAAUCGGAUCUUAUAUUCCAAGUCGAAACAACCUGUCAAGAACAAGUACAAUCUACUCUGGGUGUUAUUUAUGUAACAUUGCAGGGCCAGCGCCAGCGCCAGGUUGGUACAGUCGACUAUGUGGGAGAGUUAUCAGCGGUGAACCCUGUUCUGGAGAUGCUUGACUGUCGAGGAAAAACUCUCCAUUUGUCCCACCCCCUUGAGAAUGCUAUCCCACUUCGAUGCGAAGAAUUGCUAGUUGUUUCGUCCUCGAACAGCGAUUAUGCCCAGUUGCCUGGAACAAUUUCACACGGGAUGAAGACCUCUGCACAGGUCCGCUAUGCCGUUGUUAAAUGGGCAGCUGAGGGCGAUGAGUCUCGUAUCUCUCUUUACCAUGUGUCGUUUGUCGGCAUGGUACUUCCAGAGGACACACUCCAGAUCUCCUUGCAACAUGUGGCUAUGAAGAAUGGCCUACGAGUGGUUCAGAUUGACGUUUCAAAGCAGCAUUCAGGCGAGAAAGUUCUUUCUGGAGAGGUACAUAUUCAUCAACCCCCGACAGCCUUCUUCUUUGCGGGACAAGGAAGCCAACAAGCUUCUAUGGGCAUGGACCUCUACGAGCGAUCUUCUAUCGCCCGGAAUCUCUGGGACCGCUGUGAUGCCUACUUUGAAAAGCAAUUUGGUUUCCAGCUUCGCAAGAUCGUUUGCGAAAACCCCACGGAGCUCGUAAUUCAGUUCGGAGGACCUCGUGGUCGUCAAUUACGCCAAAACUACAUGCAAAUGGUUUACGAGAUUCCGGAAGACGGUUCCAUACAUCUGCGUCGGAUGUUUCCCGAAGUUACUGCAGAGACAACUGCAUAUCGAUUUCGCUAUCCCGGGGGUCUUCUAUUCGCGACGCAGUUUGCGCAGCCGGCGCUGACUGUUAUGGAGAUGGCAUCUUUUCAAGACGCUGCGUCUCGGCAAGUAGUUCCACAGAAUGCAGUGUUUGCCGGUCAUUCAUUGGGAGAAUACGCUGCCUUAGCAGCUGUGACGGAUUUUGUGGCGUUGGAAAAGCUGCUCUACGUUGUGUUUUGUCGUGGGCUGACCAUGCAGUCUGCCGUUGAGCGAGAUGAUUUGAAUCGGUCGAGCUAUGGCAUGAUGGCUAUUGAUCCCUAUCGAGUCUCCCCAGAAUUCAAUGAUUCUGGGCUUCAGGCUGCCGUUACUCUGGUAUCUAGGCAUACUGGCUUUGCCGAAAUUGUGAACUUCAACGUAUCCUCUCGUCAAUACAUUUGCGCUGGUGAUUUGCGUGCUUUGGAUUGUCUUCAACAUGUUUUAGAUGCACUUUCAACCAAGUACACCAGCGACUUAGAUGCACUGGAGAAUUUAAUUCUCCAGAAAUCUACGGCCUACAAAGAUGUUCAAGCUUCGGCCUUGCAACUGCGCCGCGGACGCGCGACUGUUCCAUUGGCUGGAAUCGAUGUUCCAUUUCACUCGUCGCAGCUCAAACCGAUGAUUGAACCCUUCCGCCGCAUUCUGAGUACAAUCAUCGAUCUGCGCGGGGCAAUUAACCCAGCCCAGCUGGUCGGUCGAUAUGUGCCUAAUCUAACUGGCACGCCAUUUUCUCUCGAUCCAUUCUACAUCAAGACCAUACUUGCGAAGACCGGAUCUGCACAUCUUCGGCACAUAUUAGACCACUGGGAGUCGGAGUGGGGGUCACGCAUUCGGCGUGAGCGCGUGUUGCUACCGGGUAUCGGGCAGUAA